AUGGGCCGCGACCGUGGCGCUUCGAUCAACCGUUCGAGAUUGGCCCAGAAAUACCCUAUGAAGUUGGUGAACGCCAUUCUUCUGGCUUUUGCAAAUUCGAUUGGUCUUCCUCAAGACUUGCUCUAUGUGGUGGAUGGUCAGCGAACUUUGGAGCAUGAACAACAUUUUGAGAUGAACUUGAUGCUGGCUGGUGAAGAUCCUACCGUUCUUCAGCAUCGUCUACCUCCACCACAAGUUCAACUUUCAGGACAAGACCGACCUGGUGAUCAUACAGGAGCACCAAGCCCUGGAAAUUGCCAUGAUAAACCUGCUGGUGAUUGUCCUGUACAAGAUCUUCUGGCCGUGGAAGAAGAUGAUGCACCACCACCAUCAGAUCCACCAGCAAACCGUGAGAACUUUCCUGGAAGUCACCCUUUAUCCCUGGAGGCACUUGUGAAGCGUGCCCACGAUGGUCUUGGACAUCCAGGCAAAGAUCGUUUCGUACGUAUCCUUGCCAACAGCAAGGCAAGCCAGCGGGUUCUGGACAUUGCCAAGAACUUGAAGUGCUCAGUGUGUGAAAAGUUCAAGCUGCCAAAACCUUCUCGAGCUGGUGCUCCCCCUCGGGAGAUUGGGCUGAACGAGAUUGUCGGCGUUGACAGCUUCCAGGUUCGAGUUCCAUUUUCAAACAAGACCAAAUACUGCCUGAACGUGGUUGAUUACGGCAGUCAUUUUCAGAUGGUCAUUCCGUUGAAUGGCCAUACCGCUCAUGAGACUCGAGCUGGAUAUCGACUAUGGCUUAAAGUUUUUGGACCUCCUCGAAAACUUCUUUGUGAUCUUGGACGUGAAUUUCAAAAGGAGUUUGAGAACUUGGCUGAAGCCGAUGGCACGGAACUUUUACCAUCAUCACUGGAGACGCCAGAACAACGUGGUUUUGUUGAACGACAGGGCCAACUUUUCAAAGACAUGUUUUACAAGACCAUGGAGCAAAUCCAGUGCUCUGACUGGGCCUCUUGGCACCAGACCCUGGAUCUGGUUUGCUUUACAAAGAAUCGACUUCUUUCCAGAGGAGGAUACUCACCAGCCCAACGAGUUUUUGGUUAUCAACAACGAAUCCCUGGAGCACUGAUGUCUGAGGGUGGAUCAGACCUUGCAGUCCAAAGUUUGGCAUCUAUCGGAGACACCGAAGUUGCCAGGGCUAUGGAAAUCAGAAAAGCAGCCUCAUGUGCCUUCCAUGAAAUAGAUUGUCAGCAAGCUGUUCGAGCUGCAGCCACUCAUGGACCUCGUCCUCAUUAUGCGUAUGAGACGGGACAAGCCGUCUACUUCUGGAGAAGAGGCACUGAUGCAGCACGGAAACCUGCAAUCUAUUUCUGGCAUGGACCAGCAAGGGUAGUGGCCACCCAGCUACCUCAUACAGUUUGGCUUUCCUACAACCACCACCUAGUAAAGGCAGCUCCAGAAAAACUUCGACCUGCGUCUGAAGAAGAGUUCUUUUCACUUUCUGGUUGGCUUGAUGGAAUUUCAAAUGCCAAGAACCAGUUUGAGGCAGAGAAGAUCAAGGGCUUGAUUGACCUCUCAAAGGAACCAGAAGGACCACUGCCAGAUGAAGAACAUGACUACUGGCGACAAUCUGGUAACUUUUGGAUCCGAGUACAUGUGGAGCCCCGAAAGGAGUUCUUCCAGCCGAUGAACUCCGACCCUGAUCUGCCCUUUCUGACGGAGCAUUUGAAGCCUUGGCGAAAGACAAGGAUGAUUUUUGAUGGAGGUGCGGAGGAAACCAUUGAAGACAACUGGACCUUUCAGGCCAAUGUUCCUCCUCAUGGUGAAUCAUGGACUGGAGAGACCUGGUUUGAGAUGCAUGAUGGCAAUCAGCCACCACCUCAGCUUCAUAAGCGAGAAGUACAACCAGAACCGCUCCCACGACGGCUACGCCAAAAGACUUCUCCAGUCGAGAUCAACAAUCCGGUCACGAUCUCUCCACCUCCUGGCCUCCCGGAACCACCCAUUGAUGUGGACCAAAGGUCAACUUCAUCAUUGUCUAUGUCUCCAGAAUCUCCAAUUCCCACAGAACUUGGAAAAGAUGAACGCUCUGACCCUGGAGAUGGAGCUCCAAGUGAUCCCAGACCAGAAGACAUUCCGAUCCCUGACUCUGAAGCUGGGGAUCGAAAAAGAGAUCAUGAGUUGGUUAGUCAGGCAAGUUCUGAUUGGGAAGAAAUCCCUGUGACCAAGAAGAGCCGAUUGGAGUUACUGGAGAUCUACUACACUGAGUUGUCCAACAAAUCGGCCCAACGUCAGAAGAAAGGAAAAGAGUCCACAUUUCGGGAUUUUCCUGGUCGUGAUGCGGAACGACUUCAGCGGGCAAUCCACAAGGAGUUCAACAACAACCUUGCGACUGGGGCCUAUGAGCUAUUGGACCCCACUACGUCUGAGUUGAUCCGACGAACUGCACCGGAGAAAAUCAUGAAAUCACGCUAUGUGUUGACCAAGAAGCCCAUUGAGGACUUUGCCGUGGAAGAUGCAAUUUCAGCAGAUGAGGUCUUGGAUUCUUCAUCACCCGACCAACCAUGCAAGGCAAAAUGCCGGCACGUGAUGCAAGGCUACUCAGAAUCAGCUCUUUUGGAACUUGAGACCAGUACUCCUCAGGUCCAUCGCGAUUCAGUGAUUUUUGCUGCGCAAUUGAUGGCUAGCAUGGGAUGGUUACCAGGCUUCGCUGAUUUUACUCAGGCGUUUCAUUCUGGAGAUCCGAUCGACCGAGAACUAUAUGCUGAACAACCAGCAGAAGGUCUUCCAGGUGCCGCACGAGGACAAUUGAUCAAGCUGUUAAAGACUUGUUACGGAUUGACUGAUGGGCCUUACCAAUGGUUUAAACACAUUGUACGUUUCCUUUGCGAAGAACUUCAUUACAGACAAUCUGUUGUGGAUCCAUGCCUUUUCUUUUUGGACUCACAUCCUGAUCAAGAUGGACAGUCCUAUGUUGAAGGUGUUCUUGCAUUGGCGACAGAUGAUUUGUUUCAUGGUGGCUCGGAACGGCAUAUGCAAAAGAUGCAAACGAUUUGUAACAAGUACAAGCUUGGAAAAUUCACAUGGAAUUCUGGAAGAUUUGUAGGAAAAGAAAUCACCCGCCUGGAUGAUGGGUCCAUUCAGCUGGAUCAACAGUUUUACACUGAAGCCCGAGUGGCGCCCAUUCCUGUGACUCGAGAACGCAAACGCCGAAAAUUUUCAGUUUGCACUCCAGAUGAGAUCGAGCAACUAAGGGCGUUAGUUGGUGUGUUGUCAUGGCUUUCUAAAGAAACGCGUUGUGAUUUGGCAGGAAGGACAGCUCUCCUUCAACAAGCGUUUCCUCGACCGCUGAUUAAGGAUCUCCUGACUGCCAAUCAGAUUGCCAAGGAAGCCAUGGACCACAAGAACAUCGGCAUCAAGGUCAUGCCCAUCCCAUUAGAUCGUCUUCGAGCUGGCGUAGUCACUGAUGCUUCGUGGGGCAACUCCAAGGAAUUUGGCACCUACUUGGAGCAAGCUUCUGAUGAUUGGUGGGAAGAGACCUCAACGACAUGGACACGUCGCCACGUCGUGGAAAGACGAACGGCAUUUCAUCCUGCUGCUUGUCCAGAUGGUCCUGAUCUUCACGAUCUACAACCUAUGAGAAUCACCGAGAUGAACGUUAAUGACCGCAUCUCGACCAUCCGAGAUGAGUGGACCACAAGUGAUAGCCUUCGCCCUCUAGCUUCUCAAUCUUGGACUGGCACUACAACGUUCUACAAGCAGGACAAGGGCCAGAUGCUUGACUCCAAGGACAUCCAUGCUGGGUACGAGCAGUUGAAUAAGCUCUACAGCCAGGGUGGCGAGAUUGUCAUCUUCUACGAUCAAGCAUUACCAGAAUCUCAGAGUUUGCAAAAUGUCUCAGUUGCGUCUUGGAAGAGCUAUCGGCUGAAGCGACAGACCGUCAACACCUUGAGCUCUGAGACUCAAGCUCUGGUUCGAGGCCUUGGAUCUGUUCACUGGUACCGGAUCUUGAUUUUGGAAGCACGGGGGUUGCAACUUUCAGCCCGAGAAUGGCAUCGUGAAGUCUCCCGUCUUCCAUUCAUCUGUGUGACGGAUGCAAAAUCUCUUUACGACGCUGUGAGCAAGUACACCAACCCAGCUUCUCAGUGUGGCGAUAAACGAACCUCCAUCGAUAUCUCUCUUAUCAAGCAGGAAGUGAACAACCUCAACGGCAACAUCCGUUGGGUGGAUGGCCGAACUAUGCUGGCAGACCCAUUGACCAAAGAAACCAGAUCCGAUCUACUACGACAUGUUCUUAGAACUGGUCAGUGGGCAAUUCUUGAGGCAGCAGCAGCGGCACGCUGGUUCCCAGGGCCACCUUGGAGAAGCAACGUCCAGCCGGAGCCGGGCGAAUGUCUCGAAGAUCUUCUCAAAGCUGUUGAUGAAGAUGAUGACGAUGAUGAUGAGGAACAGGAGAAGGGAGGGGAGUCGGAAGUGUCAACCCCUAGUGAGCCAGCCCCAGUUGUGAAUCCUGAGACAGCUGCUCCUGAUGUCAUGCCUGCAACCUGUUCUUCACCAGCUCCAAGCCUUGCCCCAACCAUGAGUGAUGAUGAGGGAAGUGUUGCAGGGUGUGAGCCGCCUCCAUGUGAUCCCUGUGUUGGCCAGCCAGUAGUAGAGCAGCCUCCUGCUGGCCCCAACCCGCUGGAUGAGAAGCCUUCCCAGUUGGUUAUGAUUUCGGAUGAGGAGGGUGAGGGGACCUGUCCUGUUAAGGCACAUGAUCCUGACUGGCCGGAGUGGUUUGACCCAUUGGUAGAAGAUUCCCAACCUGAUCCCGAUUGGCGUUACACUGCCCCAAAGCCUGAAGAACCACAACCUUCAGCCUCCACUUACAGUUGCCUUUCAGCAGAGUUGAAGCAGAAGCUCCGCCUCAAGGUUGCCAAGAUCCCAACUGAUGUUCAACAGACCAUCCCGCUUUCGGAGGAAGUAUCUGAGGCUUUGGCUGCCCAAUGGGUCCAAGAGCAACAGCAACCUGAGGUGGUGGCUGCUAGUCCUGCCAAGCCUCUGCCUUCUCCAGAACCGGAGGUGCUGGGUGAAUCAAAGGAGCAGGGUGGGCCUACUGACAUGAAGGUUGAUGAGCCUGAUCAACUGGUGGCCGAUGAUGAGACAGAGAAGCUUCUCAAAGCCAAAACCUUGGUCUUGGGAGAGACUGACGAUACUAUCGAAGAUGCGGGUGGUCCACCUCUUACCCGUGAGCAGCAGCGUGCUUUGAGGAAGUCUCAAGCACGUGGAGCUGGCAAGGAUUCCCCUUCCCGCAAGUCUCCAGCCAAGAAAUCUAAAAGGGCCAAAGCUGCUGCGACCCCCGAAACCAAACCGAAACGAAAGCGCGGAGCAGCCAAUGACACAGCCAAUGACACUGAAACCACAGAGCCAAAGUGUGCCAAGCGUGGAACAAAACCUGCAGCUCUGGCUGUCAACCCUGUCCCCAUGGAGGUGAAAUGGUUGACGGAGCCGGGAAGGUCAUUCGAGGAUCGCCUUGACCCAGAGCUUGCCAGAGGCCUCCAUGCCACUAUCCAACAAGAGGUUGAAACGGAGCCUCCUGGAAGUCAGCGGGGCAGGUGUGGACAAAUGGGGUGGGCUGCGGAAUCAUUGGGGGUAUGGCGCUUCGUUGAGAUGUUUGCUGGAGAAGCCAAUGUCUCCAAAGCAUGCUUGGAGCGAUCCCUUCCUGGAGUGAGCUGUGACUACAUCUAUGGUGGGUUAGCGAUCCUGGCCGUGCUGCGGCCACAAUCUCUGGGACUGCUGGCGCAACGGUCCGAUGCUGUCCCCUUGGCGCUGCCUUCUCUUGAUUCGCGUGGACAGAAGAGAUCUACUGGUGUGAAGAAGCGCUUGAAGACGUCACAGACCUUUGGCUGUGAUGUGGUGGAUGUGCAGUUCCAACCAGAAUUUGCUCAGCCCUGCGGCCUCUUCGUCGAAGGAUACUCGAGCGGCUCUGCUGGUGGGAGCAUUCUUGAUACCACAGAGGCUGCCACCCCUGCCGAGCCUCCACAAGGACAUGGGGCCUUUCCAGACCCAGCUUUGCCUAAGCAGGUGCCAGGCGAAGGGGAGGUGCCACCGACAGUCGCAGGGCCCAUGCCAGGGUUCAAUACAACCAUGGAAACACUGGAGAAAGAAAUGAUGGAACGGUUGCAACUGAAAAUGUUAGAACUUGAGGAAUCUUUCACACGAGAGAUCCACGAAAAGAAACGAGUAGCUGAGCAGGAGUUGGAAAAAGAGUACAAUGGCAAACGUGCCAAGCUCGAUGAAGAAAUUUUUGACUUACAGGAAAACUUGGUACACCAGCAGACACAGCUUGCUCUUGCCAGUGAACAGCUCCAGGAACGCAUGCUUCUUGUUUCAGAUGAACAAAAGUGUCUGGAUGAUUUGCGGGAGAAAACCAGACAGAUGAAGCUGCAGCUUGAAGCUGCGGCUGAUCACGACCCUCCAAUGCACCCACCGCCCUGUACUCCAAGUUCUAAAGCCAAAGAGUUGUUGAAAAAGAAGUUGGAACAAACUCAGAAAAAACCAGCUGUGCCCAUUUCUACCCCGAGCCCGGCAUCGCUUCCCAGUGCUGUGCGCCCUUCAGAGAAUACUGGUGACUUGGGUGAGGUGUCUGUGAAUGGGCCUAUGGUGCCAGUUUCCGACCAGAGGUUCACAAGCUCUACCCACCCCCAAGCAUGGCAUUGCCUCUACCGCAUGUGUCGAAAACCGGAUGGCAUUGACAAAGAGAUCUAUGACAAGUGGCAUUCAGGUGGUGCCAAGCGGGACCAGUUGCUCAAGGACUUUGUAUGUCGAUGCUUUGCCCCGGCUGAUGACUUCAACAAGAACAAGGCGAAGUUGCAGGCUUUGAUCACACUUCGCCAAAAGACCAGCCAGUGGCGUCGCAACCUGCAAGGGUACUCAUGGCACACGGAGGAAGAGAUGAAAACAGUUCUGAAGUGGAGCCAGUCAAAAGUGGAUGGUGCCGUCAAAUAUUGCACGAAGCGAAAGAUGACCAAGAAGUGCAUCUACGAUGUGACUGCUUUGAAGUUUCUUGUCCAAACCAGGGAUGAUGUGGAAGCUGGGGAUGAGAAGAUCAAAGAACUAGAAAGUGAGAUGCGUGAGAUUGGCCUGUUCGAUUCGGAAUUUUCCUUAGGAGAUGUGCUGGAUGAAGGGGAAGAUGAACAGAGUGCAUCCCCGAACAACGGACCCAAGAAAAAGAAACUGGAGGAGUACCCUGAUGUUGAAGGGGAUGAGUCGCUCCCAGAAUACAUAGGCCAAUAUAAAAGGGCAUGCCUUAGCAGGAAGGCACUUUUGAAAACCACGAAAGAACGCUUGGAGAAGGACAAUGUGAGCCCAGCUGACUACAAGCUUCUUGGUUGCAGUGGGUUUCAACUCUUGUUCAAAGCUUCAUUUCAUGUUCUUCCCCAGCUAGUGGAAAUCCUAAACUUGUGGUGUUUCAGAUCCAAGGUCUGA